CAACAGGCCUGAACUAUCCUGAGAAACAUCCGGCAGCCAGACGAGCUCGACUGAUGAGGCCAAGCUAAAGGCUGACUGCACCAAACUAACAGCUAAAGACUCAUCCACUCCUGCUCUUCUUCUCCUCCUUCCUUCUCCUCCUCUCUCUCUCAGACUCCUCCAUCAUGCCUCCUGAGUUGCAGUCUCAGAGCUCCAGCGGUCUCAGGGUGCUGCAGGGCGACCUCAGCGCCCUCAGCCCGGCCGUCAGGGACUUUGUGGAGGUCAACGUGGGGCUGUGCCAGCCCGAUGCCCUGCACAUCUGCGACGGCUCCGAGGAGGAGAACCGCGCCAUCCUGACCCAGCUGGAGGAGCAGGGCAUGAUCAAGAAGCUGACCAAAUACGAGAACUGCUGGUUAGCCAGGACCGACCCCAGAGACGUGGCCCGAGUGGAGAGUAAGACGGUGAUCGUGACCCAGGAGCAGAAGGACACGGUGCCCACCCCACUGGGGGGCGGAGUCAGCCAGCUGGGACGCUGGAUGUCCCAGGAAGAGAUGGACAAAGCCAUGUCGGAGCGGUUCCCCGGCUGCAUGAAAGGUCGGACCAUGUAUGUGAUCCCGUACAGCAUGGGCCCGGUCGGUUCGCCCCUGUCCAAGAUCGGUGUGCAGCUGACCGACUCGCCCUACGUGGUGGCCAGCAUGAGGGUGAUGACCCGGAUGGGCAAAGCCGUCCUGUCUGCGCUGGGAUCAGCAGAGUUUGUGCGCUGUUUGCACUCUGUGGGCUGCCCACUGCCGCUCAAGAAGCCCCUGGUGAACAACUGGCCCUGUAACCCGGAGCAGACGCUCAUCGCCCACAUCCCGGACCGCAGGCAGAUCGUCUCCUUCGGCAGCGGCUACGGAGGAAACUCCCUGCUGGGGAAGAAGUGCUUUGCCCUGCGCAUUGCCUCCCGCAUCGCCAAGGACGAGGGCUGGCUGGCCGAGCACAUGCUGAUCCUGGGCAUCACCAACCCGGCGGGGCAGAAGAAGUACAUGGCGGCAGCUUUCCCCAGCGCCUGCGGGAAGACCAACCUGGCCAUGCUGUGCCCGACGCUGCCUGGCUGGAAGGUCGAGUGUGUGGGAGAUGACAUCGCCUGGAUGAAGUUUGAUGACCAAGGCAACCUUCGUGCCAUCAACCCAGAAAAUGGCUUUUUCGGCGUGGCGCCCGGCACAUCAGCCAAGACCAACCCCAACGCCAUGGCGACCAUUGUUAAGAACACCCUCUUCACCAACGUGGCAGAGACCAGUGAUGGAGGCGUGUACUGGGAGGGAAUGGACCAAUCACUGCCUGAGGGAGUCACCGUCACUUCCUGGAAGAACAAGCCCUGGAGCCCGGCAGAUGGUGAACCCUGCGCUCACCCCAACUCUCGUUUCUGCACGCCGGCUGGCCAGUGUCCCAUCAUCGACCCGCUGUGGGAAUCUCCAGAGGGAGUUCCCAUUGAGGCCAUCAUCUUUGGAGGACGCAGGCCUGAAGGUGUCCCUCUGGUGUACGAGGCCUUCAACUGGCAACAUGGAGUGUUUGUUGGAGCGGCAAUGAGGUCAGAGGCCACCGCCGCCGCUGAACACAAAGGCAAGAUGAUCAUGCACGACCCAUUUGCCAUGCGCCCCUUCUUUGGCUACAACUUUGGCCAGUACCUUUCCCACUGGCUCAGCAUGGCUGAUCGCCCCGGCGCCAAACUCCCCAAGAUCUUCCACGUCAACUGGUUCCGCAAGAGUCCCACUGCCGGGUUCCUGUGGCCUGGGUUCGGCGACAACAUCCGUGUCCUGGACUGGAUGUUCAGGCGCUUGAACGGCGACGCUGGCGCCAUGCCCUCGGCUGUGGGCUACGUGCCCAGCCGUGAGUCCCUGAACCUGCAGGGCCUGGAGGGGAGCGUGGACCUGGACGAGCUGUUUGCCCUGGACCAGGAGUUCUGGCAGAAGGAGGUGGAGGAAGUGCGGAGGUACUUCACCACACAGGUGAACGACAGCCUUCCUAUCGAGAUCGCCACGCAGCUGGAGCUCCUGCAGCAGAGGGUCAAGCAGAUGUAAUGAGGACAAGCAGAGAGAGACUCUUGAUAGAGAAACAGGCAGAAAAUCAGUGGCCUCAUACACCAGCAGAAUUUGAUAGUGCUAGAACAACAUGUGGAUAAUUGUAGAGCAACACACUUGAAAUCCUAGAACAUGUUGGUAAUUCUAGAGCAACAAAUUGAUAAUUCUAGAAUGCCAUGUUGGUAAUCCUUCGACGACGUGUUGUUAAUUCUAGAACGAUGUGUUGGUAAUCCUAGAACGACAUGUUGGUAAUCUUACGAUGACGUGUUGGUAAUUCUAGAGCGACAUGUUGGUAAUUCUAGAACGACAUGUUGGUAAUUCUAGAACGACAUGUUGGUAAUCCUAGAACAGCAUGUUGGUAAUCCUAGAACAGCAUGUUGGUAAUCUUACGACGAUGUGUUGGUAAUUCUAGGGUCAUAUGUUGGUAAUCCAAGAAUGACAUGUUGGUAAUCCUAGAACGACAUGUUGGUAAUCCAAGAACAACAUGUGGUAAUCCUCCGCCGAUGGGUUGGUAAUCCUAGAUCAACACGUUAGUAACUCUAGAAGAACACGUUGGUAAUUCUAGAGCAAAAUGUUGGUACAGUAAUUCUAGAAUGUCUCACUGACUUAACCAGUGCUGACUAUAUUCUGGAGGAUUUUGUCUUUCAUAUCGAACUCUAGAACUUUUUUGCCGAGGGAGAACAAUGUUCUCUCCUCUGAUAGUAUUUUUUUAAUGAUUAUACAAUUCUGUUUUGACCAGUAAAAAUCCUCACCUUUCCACAAUGACAGUUUAGGUUGAAAGUAAAUCUGUCUGAAAUGGGAAUGGGGAUGGGAAUGCCAAACUCCUACAAAACUUGUAGGAAUAAUCAAACGGGAACAGCUUAGACCGCUGAUUUGAAUAGGAAAUCUUACUGUAUCCUGUUGUAGCGACAGUAUUUUUUAAUUUAGGUGUUCCAAAUCACUGACGUCUCUUACCUCUAUUAUUAAAAUGCAUUGUCCUUUGUCUGAAUGCUAUUUAAUAAUAACUUAUUAUGAACGCACAACAUACUAUCACUGCCACAAGAAUUUGUAUGGCACACUCUGUCAAAAAAGCAUGACUGUGUCCAGGUUGUCUUGGUCCCAGUGUUGUUUCAGCCCCGCCGAACGCAAAGCACAGACAGUGCCCUGCGGGAGAAUGAAUGAAUGUUUUCUGUUUUUCUGUUUUAAUUUAUUUUUAUACUGUGUUGGUGUAUUUCUUAGUUCUGUUUUGUUGUAAUCUGAAGCCCCAAAAUGA